AUGCUAGCAGGGGUCCUGAUCGGCGUGGCGUUUUCCACCGUGUUUCUUCUCCAGCCUUACACGGCCAUCACCAAUGUCUACCUGGAACUGCCGUCACCCGAGAGAGGAGGGGAGUCGGUCGCGAGCCGAUUCGGCGAGGGCAGAGACUUGCAACGACUACUGACGGAGUUGGGAGCCGCACGCGACGGGGUCCCGCACCCGCCCGCGAAACUAGCGGACGAAGCUAAUGCGAAAGGCCCCGUAUAUUACGCAGUGGUAAUGAGCCACCGUCACUCAGCGGACCAGCUAAACGUCCUGAAAGAGACGUGGACUCGUGAAAUUCCUUCCCAUAGGGUCGGGUACUAUAUAAAUUCAGAGGCUGGAGAAGACGUACCUACAGAGGAAGAUAUUGAAGACAGACACUACGGGGAAAUUGAGAGCAGUGAGGCGGUGAUAGAACUGUCCAGCACCGGUGCUGAUUUCUACAGUGAGGUUGUGUCACAUGUGUGCAGACACAAACUGAACCACACGAAAUGGUACCUGCUAGCCGGAGACGACGUCUAUGUAAAGUCAAACGAGUUGGAAUCUCAGCUACAGAGAUAUGAGAAUAUGCCGACGUUAGGGUACCUCGGGAGAAGAAGUAAAGACGAGGAUUCUGCUAGAAGGGAGUGUUUAGAGGGUCCAGGGAUGGUUCUCAACGGAGAGGAGAGGGGGUUGGAGCCUGUCUAA